GCUUAUAGUGAGCCUCAACAAACUAUAACCUUUGAAAUUAGGUCUUCCCAAGGUUCAAGAAAUGCUCUCAACCUGCUUUAUUCAUCUAAAAACACAACCUUUGUGGAUAAUAAUUCUCUCUCUUCUAGGUUUUCUCUCUAUCGUCAAGAACACUAUAUUCCUUCUCAAAUGGAUCUUCAUAAAAAUUUUCAGAAAACCCAAAAAUCUCAAGAAUUAUGGAUCAUGGGCCCUCAUCACUGGCUCAACUGAUGGCAUAGGCAAAGCUUUUGCUUUCCAACUUGCCAAAAAAGGUCUAAACCUAAUACUAGUAAGCAGAAACUUGAGCAAACUCAAAAAUGUGAGUAGUGAAAUUCGAGCCAAAUAUCCCAAUACACUGACCAAGAUUUUCGGAAUCGAAUUUUCGGGCCCAAAUAUUUCAGCUAGGAUUAUUGAAAUGAAAGAGGACAUUAAGGGUUUGGAUGUUGGGGUUUUAAUCAAUAAUGUUGGAGUUACAUAUCCAUCAGCAAUGUUUUUUCAUGAAGUGGAUGAAGAAAUUUGGAUGAAUUUAGUGAGAGUUAACGUGGGGGGUACAAGUUUGAUUACAAGAGGUAUUAUAGAAGAAAUGGUUGCAAGGAAGAAAGGUGCAAUUGUUAAUAUUGGUUCUGGUGCAUCCAUUGUUGUACCUUCUCAUCCUCUUUAUGCCAUCUAUGCUGCUACCAAAGCGUACAUUGAUCAGUUGUCCAGAUGCUUGUAUGUGGAAUACAAACACUAUGGCAUAGAUGUCCAAUGUCAGGUGCCAUUAUACUUAUCAACCAAAAUGGCUUCGACAGUUGCAUUUGUAGAGAAACCAUCAAUUUUCAUACCAUCGGCCGGAAAAUAUGUGGAAAGUGCAAUUGAGAGUAUAGGAUAUGAAGCACGAUGUACACCUUACUGGGGACAUUCAAUCCAAUGGUGGUUUGCCUCCCUUUUGCCUAGUGCUGUUCUUGAUGCAUGGCGCCUAUCCACUGGAAUCCAUAGACGAGUGGCAUAAUCACUUAUUAAAGUUUUCGUCUUUCUCGUUAUAUGGUUCUUUAUGAGAGAAUUCAAUGACGUUCUUGGAGUAUUAAAUGCCAUUCUAAAGUAAUAUUAAUCUUCUACUUUUCAAGAAAUCCUUUAUAUGUGGUUAUAGAUGAAUACUCUUGUCGACUUUUAUGUCAAAAGUUUUCACCCAAACGACCUUGAGUUAAACAAAAGCAAUUCUAGAUGAAGAGUUUUAUGGUAAAGAAUAUUAAGAUCAAACAAUACACAUAAACCUCAAUAUUACCUUUUGAUAUCAAUCAUGUUGGGUUGCAGAUGAAUUUUGACUCCCCGGUUGACCUACACUCACAGUCGGGGUGGGUGGGGUACCAUUUUUUACAGUUUUUAUUCCCAUGAGGUUGGCGCGGGUCCCAUACCAAUGUGAGUGUAAGUCAACUGGGGUGUCAAAAUUCAUCUGACACUAGCUUAAUUCAUAUAAAAAUUGAUAACCUUUCUCAAUCUGAUCUCAUCCUAUUGAUCUGGUUCAAAGCUGGUUGCAAAAUUUUGUAAAGCGCCCAAAGAAUGGCAGGAGUGACCACAAACAGCAAGAGCUGGCCUCUGUUGUCACUUGUGGCAGCAUCAGCAAUCAUGACGAUUUCGCUGGCAGAUGCCUCUGGCAGGUGCACGAAACUCUAGCCCCCGAGUCCACCUAGCCCGGGCCCCAUGAUCACCCCUUUGACACUCCUCAUUUUGUUAAUCUGGUUAACAGCAGGUUGAAGAAUGUUGAAAAGAACCCAAGCUAUAGCAGGAA